AUGGCUGAUCCUGGAUCUAAGAGCACCCACAGUGCAGCCAAACGCCUGAGCUUCAGCGGCGACCUGCUUCCAAUUCUGGAUGGCGCCUGGCUUCAGGGGGAACUUGCAGAGGGUGCUGUGACCAUGUACCAGCCACUUCUGUCCCUCACAAUGCUGAAAUGGACACAAGGGCAAGGUUCAACCCCUAUUCAGCCAGUGUCUGAAACUUCAAAAAAAAUCAGGAACAAUUUCGAGAAUUCCUGGACUGUUCUAUCAACUUUCUCCUUCACUCCAUUCGCUAACCAUCAUGGACGGACCCUGGUCUGUGAACUUAGAGGGCCUGGCGGAGUGGUGGCCGCUCGACAAUCUCUUAAACUGGAUGUAAAAUAUGAACCCAUCACAGUAUUGGGCCUGAAUUGCACCAGGACCAAGAAAGAGCUUUUUUGUAUCUGCAUCGUCAGAGCCAAUCCUCCAGUCACCGUCUCAUGGAACAUCAGUGGGAAAAACAUCACGGGGAACACUUCAGAUGUUACUGUCUAUUCCUGGGCAAAGAGUAAUGAUCUGCUUCAGAGCUCGCUAACACUGACUCACCCUCAUGGACCUGAGGAGCUGAUUGUAUGCAGGGCAGAGAACGAGAAUGGUGUUAGUGUCAGUAAAUACCAGCUCAAUUCAACAGAUGAACCCGGAAUGAUAUUUGGUCCAAACUGCACCAGUUCCAAGAAUGAAACUUCUUGUAUCUGCAUCGUCAGAGCCAAUCCUCCAGUCGCCAUCACAUGGAGCAUCAGUGGUAAAAACAUCACGGGGAACAGUUCAGAUGCUACUGCCAAUUCCUCGGCAGAGAACAAUGGCCAGCUUCAGACCUCUGCAACACUAACUCACGUGAAUGGAUCUGAGGAGCUGAUUAUAUGCAGGGCAGAGAACGAGAAUGGUGUUAGUGUCAGUAAAUACCAGCUCAAUUCAACAGGAAUGCUUCCCUGGAUAAUUGUAAUCCCUGUAGGAACAAGUUUGGCCAUUAUCAUUCUGGUUAUGAUUGCAGUGAAAGUGCAGAGGUAUGUGUUUAUCCUAUGGAAGAAGCAACGUGACACCGUCGUUGUCGCUCCCCGAACCCAUUUGACGCAGCACCCAUCCAGCACCGAGCCCAGGUCAGAUGACAGUGAGGAGGUUGUGUAUUCAGCAGUCUGUGUCUUCAGUCUUCACAAACCAGAUCUUCCAGCCCAGGAAGAGGAGCCCAACCCUCCAAAGUCCCUACUCAAACCUGUGCCUCCCAUUUUCCAGAGCUUGGAACCAAAGCAGACAUCAGCAAUAGCGAAAGCCGUCACUGUCUGUGAUGGAUAA